UUUGCUCACGCGCAUGGAACCAGGAUAAAAGACCAUCAAUGCCGGUCCUGAGCGGACAAAGCGCAAACUCCGUCCGAUGACGUCUCGGUCAAUCGAAUGAAAGAGGGACGGAAAACUCCGGGGUUCUAGCACGCGGAAAAUGGUCGGCGUUCUCGGGCAGGUAUCCUUACUUGGUAUUCUGGGAGACAAAGCCGAGAGGAGCUGUGGCCGCUGCCUUGCCAGGAAGUGGACGCCGGAGAGGUGUUCAUCGGUGACGAUGAAACCGUGUCUCACAUUGGGUAACGGGUGCUCCGUUCAAGCUCCCAACAUGAUAGAUCGUAUUGUCUCACUGUCACCCAAGGAGGUACGUAUAACCGUGGACUGGGGACUGGGAGGACGGAACGUGCCGAAGAGACCGGUGGGUGGAACCAUUGAGGAACGAAGGAGAAAACUAGCGGAGUGUGUCAGCAGAGAACAGCAGCGCCAAUAGGCCGAGAGGACGGACUCUAAACUUGGGAAGCUGGGAAUAGAUUUUCUGAUUCAGAUGGCGGGCAGUCUAAUGUACGCCGGUCGAUCCUCCAGCGCCG